CAUAUCAACCCAAAUGAUAAUCACUCUCCGCGUGACGUUAUGCGCUCCGGCGGACGAAAAUCGAACAGCGCAGCAUCCGGCACUGUACACUGGUGUAUACACGUUCGCGCAGAUGGUCGAGAAUGUUCGAAAUAACUGGGAACUUCUCGCGAAAAGUGGCGUUGAUUCCGGAUUUGCCAAUGCAGCAGACCGACGGACGUCGCCAAAUAUCUAUAAAUUUACAUUAUUCUCGUUUUUUAGAAAUGAAUGAAAAUGAUAAAUGAUGAUACAAGGAGACAUUAAUGGAACGGUUCCUACCCGGUUCAAGAUCAGGAAAAACGAUCCACGAACUCUCCCAUCCUUGGACACAUUUGACAUUCGAAAAAUCGAAAAUUGGCAGUCAUUUGUCAGUGUAUAUUUUCUAUUGUCAUUAGGUCUCCUGUAAAUGUUUUGAUUUUUUGUUUUGGAGGAAUCUUAAAAAGAAUUUAAAAACUCAAAUAGUCGCCCGGAUUCUAUAAGUAAGUAUGCCUAAAGUAAGAAGAAGCAAAAAGGCUCCACCUGAAGGAUGGGAACUCAUUGAGCCAACUCUUGACGAACUUGAACAAAAAAUGAGAGAAGCUGAAACAGAAUCCCAUGAAGGCAAAAGAAAAAACGAGUCCCUAUGGCCAAUUUUCAAAAUACACCAUCAGAAAUCAAGAUACAUUUUUGACCUAUUUUAUAGAAGAAAAGCAAUCACCAGAGAAUUAUACGAAUACUGCUUAGCAGAAAAUAUUGCCGACAAGAAUUUGAUAGCUAAAUGGAAAAAGCAAGGUUAUGAAAGUCUGUGCUGCCUGCGCUGUAUACAGACUAGGGACACAAACUUUGGUACAAACUGUAUUUGCAGAGUACCAAAAGCAAAGUUAGAAGAAGGGCGUAUUGUGGAGUGUGUACACUGUGGAUGUAGAGGAUGUUCAGGAUGAAGCGCUUCUGGGACUAAAAGUAUCUUGAUUAUGGUUCUUAAAGUGUAUUUUUAUUUUGUAAAUAAAAAGCAUUGUAAGUCUAAUAAUAAAUGUAAUUAGAAUGCAUCCAAUAAGUAAGAAUAAUUAUCAGUUUCCAAAAUGUACAUUUCACAUAAAAUGGACUAUAUAAAGUAUACAUAAAUAAGAACUUUGAUAAAUAUGAAAUUGAGUAAAGAAGAUAAUUGUGUAAAAGUUAAAACAUAAAACAGAUCAGUGCUCAUAUGAUGAGACAUUAUCACAGAUAUAAUAAAAUGAAAUAUAUAAAACAGUAAUUUAUAUCUUUGGAUGCUUAUGGCAUAUGUCAGCUGAAAAUUGAAUGAACAUGAACAACAGUACUUGCAUAGUGAAAUUCAAUUUUAGCUGUGAAUGCC